UACAAACUUUCAUUGUAGUCGCUUGUGUUGCGUAAUCGAGAACAAAUCGAUUUCUAUUCUGGUACCCAAUGCAAAAAUGAAGUUAUUCAUAUUUUUAUUGAUUGCAACAUUGACGACAGCUGACGAGUACUGCAAAGGGAUAUACAUCGAUCAAAAUUAUUACAACGUCGAAAUAAUCAAAGAAGGACUUACCAGAAUAUAUCAGAUAGUAUUUAACGAUAACGAAAACACGUUAUACUUCACAUUCGAUCAAUUAGCAUAUGUCCCGACGAGGCAGUUAGGUUAUAUUAACAUAGCAACAAAAAAAACUGGCAUUAUCGAUAGUAUCCGAAACGCUACGGGUUUGGCAUAUGACAGAUCGAAAAAUCGCAUUUACGUCGGCGGCUCUGACGGUUUGUUUUUCAUUAGUGACGCGAACAAAGUACCAGAAAGAUUACCUGUUGUUGAAAAUAUUAGGUAUCUGUUCUUUAAAGAUGUUUUGUAUAUGAUUAACAAUAACAGGAAGGCGCUUAAGUUUGAUAAUGGCGUGACUGUUCCGGUUAUGGAGUUACAAAAUGUACAAGUUGACGCUCUGAUGCUCGACGAUGGUAAUAAUAUACUGUUUUUGGAUAAUGAAACGCUAUUUCGCGUUCAAUUGGGCACUACAGUUAUUAAUAUACACGAAGGUUAUUCCGUUACUAGCAUAGCCACAGAUAUACAUUAUAAACCUUACGUUUGCACGAAAAAUGGUCUGUACGCCUAUAACAAAUACAAGUUUGCUUUGGAUAAAAAAUCUGAUAAACUAGCCAAUUUAAGAGCUUUGACUUUUAAUAAUAGAAAUGAACCUAUUUAUAUCGCUGUUGGUCAUAUUGUGAAGUUGAUUUACAAUCCAGUACCCUGUUUUGGUGAUUAAGGUUUAGUUUUUGUAGAUUUGUUUUUGUUAAAAACAGAAAACUGUUUUUUAAAUAAAUAACUCAAAAUGA